AUGAAAAAAUCUAGGAAUCAGAUCUUACAGCGACUUUAUUACGACCCUAAGACAGGGUAUGGAGGAGUACAGGCUUUAUACCGUCAAGUGCGUAAAUUAGGUCAUAAGAUUACUCUUGCUCAAAUUCGAGAAUGGUUCAAAGAACAGGAUACGUAUACCCUACAUAAGCCCAUACGUCGGAAAUUUAAAAGGCAACAGACGCGAGUGACGGAUAUAGACGAACAAUGGCAGUUAGAUUUAGCCGACGUCUCGAACUUGAAGAAAUACAAUGAUGGGUAUACGUUUUUAUUGUGUGCGAUUGACGUGUUGUCGAAAUAUGCGUGGGUGGUGCCUUUAAAACAGAAAACGGGAAAAGAAAUGAUACGAGGCCUCAAAUGGAUAUUUCGAGACGGACGUCGCCCCGUUCGCAUUCAAUCGGAUCAAGGGAGAGAAUUCACAAAUAAAGAAUUUCUGCAAGCCUUCAAAUCCAUUCAUUUCUUUACGACGCGUAAUGCCGAAACCAAAGCCAGUAUCGUGGAGCGUUUUCAACGCACCCUGAAAGCACGUAUGUGGCGAUAUUUUACACGUCAUAAAACACGACGGUAUGUGGAUGUCUUACCCGAUCUGGUACACGGUUACAAUCACACGUAUCAUCGCAGUAUUCAGAGAGCUCCUGCUCAAGUCAAUCCCAAGAACGUCUUGAAAGUAUGGAAAACCUUGUACGGAAAACAGAGACUAUCAUCGACCUCUUCAUUACAAGCGGGAGAUCGUGUACGGAUCAGUAAAGCGAAACGUACAUUUGAAAAAAACUAUUUACCGAAUUGGACGACAGAAUUGUUUACCAUUUCCAGAAAAGUUCCAGGACGCAACGUAUAUCGAAUUAAAGACGACCAUGGAGAAGAAUUAGAAGGAACGUUUUACGAUAAAGAAUUGCAAGCAGUAAUUAAAAAAGACGAUGUCUACGAAGUGGAGGAGAUCUUAGGGUAUAAAAAGCGGCGCGUGGGGAAAAAAGUCAUUUCAGAAGUCAAAGUGCGUUGGAAAGGAUAUCCCCCUAGUUUUGACUCAUGGAUUCCGCAAGCGGAUCUCAUUCUGCCAUGA